AUGAAGUACAAUGAUCUAUGUGUGGGUAACACUUUCAAAAGCAAGGGGGAGCUGAAACUUAUACUUGCAAUAGCCAAAGUAGAAAGAACUUUUGAGUACAAAGAUUUUAAAUCCGACAGCCAGAGGUUUAUUGCCAAAUGCAAAGACAAGACAUGCGAGUGGCGUCUGCUAGAAGUUCCCUUAGAUUCUUGUGGGUGGUGGAAACUCACAGUUGCAAACGAUGUGCAUACUUGUGAAACCAACAAAAGGACUGACCUUGAAUUAAGAACCAAAGCGGCCGAUACUGGAAUUGCAGAGCUUUUCAAGAAAAAAUUCAAAGAACUGGAUGCGGCAUUUACGCCCAAACAACUGGUUAAGGACAUAAAAAGGGAUUAUGGAGUGGUUAUCAAUUACUGGAAGGAAUACAACGCUUGCAAGCCUGGUAUUGAGCUGAUCAAAGGUAGCCCUGAUGAAUCGUACCAACACCUCGUUGGUUAUAUUCACAUGCUUGGUGCUCGUAACAAGGGAUUCAAAAACUGUUUCAGACCCGCAUUUGCGGUUGAUGGUACACAUCUUACAGGGCCACGCCAAGGAGUUCUACUGUCGACCGUUGGAAUGCAUCCCGACGAGUCGAUCUAUCCAAUUGCUUUUGUUGUUGUUGAUUCAGAGAAUAAUGAAUCUUGGGAAUGGUUUAUGAGAAAGUUAGUCGGAGUACUUUGCGAUAAGUAUGCUAUGAAUGAAGAUGUUGUUGUGGCAACAGACAGGAACCCAUCGAUCGGUAGAGCCAUAAGGUUGGCAUUUCCUUGUGCUAAUCAGUAUACUGCAUCCACCAUCUUUCAGACCUACCACAACGCCACGGCUUCGGUGGCAUUUACAAGAGCUGCAAAAGCGUUUAGCAAUGAUGACUAUGAACUUGCUAUGAGAGACCUAGGUUUAGUGAUCCCCGCUGCUUUAAAAUCUGUAGUGGAUCUUGGAACGGAAAUGUGGGCCAGGGUGAAGGCUAGAACAAGUCGUUUUACUCUCAUGACUACAAACGCCUGUGAAACUUUCAAUUCAAGAAUAACUGAUGUUAAAGGUCUUCCAAUCUGCCAUUUAGUCUAUUACAUUCGCAGGUUCCUUAUGGAAUGGUUCUGCGAACGUAGACAACUAGCUCGUGAUCGGCAAGAUCCUUUGAGUCAACAUGCACGGGAUAUAAUCAAAGAAAGGUGGGCUGUGACAAAAAGGUUUGUGGCUUUCCAUGUCGAUGGGGACGAAUACGAAGUGGAAGAGGGUUACUAUGAAGAGCAGCACACCGUCUAUCUUGACUGA